GCAGCGACGCACUCAAUCCCGAUAUAAAAGCCUCCAUCGCCCAUUCACCCGUUCGCAGUCAGUGAUCGUUCGUUUAAGUGACCACUAGGUUUCGUGAAAGGACUUUUUUAAUUAUGAAUACAAGGUGUUUAUUAGUGCUAGCAGCCGCCCUGGGCGUAGCGGUCGCGCAAGAAUCCUUCAAAUGUCCCGACGACUUUGGCUUCUACCCUCACCACAUCUCGUGCGACAAAUACUGGAAGUGCGACAAUGGUGUUGCGGAGUUGAAGACCUGCGGAAACGGUUUAGCAUUCGACGCCACAGACUCUAAAUACCUGACUGAAAACUGCGACUACCUCCACAAUGUUGAGUGCGGAGACAGGACACAACUUGAACCACCAGUUGGCACAACUCACUGCAGCAGGCUGUACGGUAUCUUCCCUGAUGAAGCCAAGUGCGAUGUCUUCUGGAACUGCUGGAACGGUGAAGCCUCUCGCUACCAGUGCAGCCCCGGUCUGGCCUACGACAGGGAAGCCCGUGUGUGCAUGUGGGCUGACCAGGUUCCUGAAUGCCGGAAUGAAGAAGUAGCAAACGGUUUCUCUUGCCCUGCUCCUGGUGAAGUUUCCAACGCUGGAUCCUUCAGCCGUCACGCCCACCCUGAGGACUGCCGGAAAUACUACAUCUGUCUUGAAGGAGUUGCCCGCGAAUACGGUUGCCCCAUCGGCACAGUUUUCAAGAUCGGAGACUCCGAUGGAACUGGUAACUGCGAAGACCCAGAAGAUGUUCCCGGAUGCCAAGACUACUACGGUGAUGUAGACCUCAAGGCGCUGAAGAAGAUAGGCUAUUGAAUGUCAAGGAGCAACUCCAAAGACAGAUUAAAGUUCAAACUACAUGAUCUAAUUUAAAUUUCGUAAUUGUAUGAAGCUCCUACCUACCGCUGUAGUGAUUCAAAACAUCCAUUCACUUUUUCUUUAUUUAAUACUCGAUACUCAUACGGCAUUACAAAUAAACAUGGUAUAAAGUUACAACUGCGAAUAAACCAAGAAUAUGUAAAACGAUAUACCGCUGACAACAAUGAUGAUUCUGAAGAUUCCGAAUGUCAGGCAGUCUUGCGAAUAAACGCGGGAAACGUUAUACGUCCGAAUAAACCAAUUAUAAGCACAAUUUUAUUGUGUAAGCAUUUUAUAUAUUCCUAGUUUAUUCUCAGUUAUAACUUUAUAAUAAGUUUAUUUGUAAGGCCGUUAAACACUUAAUUAUUGUCUAAGGAGGCGCUCUGAAUGGAAUAAGAAUUCCGUAAACCAUUCUCGACUCAAAAUUAUAUUUAAAAUUUUUUGGCAGAAAUUGAAAGUAUUCCAACAUUUUAAUUGUUGCCAAAAAAUUUAGUCCUCGAUGUGGCAUUUACGUCACAGUAAUUUAGUCAUAUAAUAGGCUUAAGAUAGAUUUAAUAAUUUUAUAUUUUCUGUAAAUAAACAUAUAUAUUAUAA